AAACAGAAAACAGAAAGGCAACACAACCAAAAGUCAUUGCAACUAUAAUAUCAGGACUCACUCCAGUAAGUUUUUCGCCCCAACCAUGAUGAACCUUCUGACGAGUUACAUCUGUCAGGUAUCCCUACUUGGCCUCCUCGCCUCUAUGGGUAUGAUCGUUGGAACCAACGGCGCAGUAUUGGAUGUGUACUCUGCCAUGUCCUCUCAAAUGGACUGCACUUCCCCCAGACGAGACUUUAAUGAACGUGAGCAAAAGACCCACUACAAGGUGGGAGUCCAUGCCAUUCGCGGUGUCGAUGCGGCAUACGAAGAGUACAACAAGACUUUUGGGGAAUACUUGACGGCCACGGCCGGUAAUCGGUUCGAUCCACCAAUCACAUUCGAAAUGGUCCCGGUCACCUUCCAAGAACUCUUUGACAAGGUGGCAACGGAAGACAUUGACUUCUUUUACGCCAACCCUGGAAUCUUUUCUUGUGUCGGAACCGAAGUGGGUGCCCAGCCCAUUGCGACGAUUGUGUCAAGGCUGGAGGUCCGCGGACACGAGUACGAGUUGGAUGUGUUUGGAGGGGUCAUUUUCACACGGGCUGAUAAUGACGACAUCAACACCAUUCAAGACCUGCAAGACAAAAUCAUUGGAGCUGGGGCAAUGUCCCAGGUCAUGGCGGGCCAGGUGCAGUUCUAUGAGAUGCUAAAGGCCGGAAUGUCCUAUAUCAUGGACCCAAAACAGGUUGUCUUUGCGUACGAUCAGACGAAAUUGGUUCAUGGGGUCCUCGAUCGAGAGUUUGAUGUUGGAUUCGUCAGAACGGACACAAUCGAAAGAACCAAAGAUGCCAACGGCAACACUCUUGACCCCGACCUCUUCAAAGUCAUUGAACCAAAGAUCUUCGUCUUGGAUGAUGGAAACUUGUUCCCGUUCCUUCAUAGCACUGACAUCUACCCUGAAUGGCCCGUCGCUGCUCUAACUCAUGUCAACAAGGAUGUAUCCGAAGAGGUUCAGGAAGCUCUCCUCGCAGUUGGCAAGCACGCCAAAGUUGGCAAAGCCAUGGAAGAGUGUGAACUGGGGCAUCCCAAUUCGACUGCCUUCUGCGAGAUGCAAGAGUUUCCCGAUUACUUUGAUCCUCAAGCGCGUUGCGAUACCACCAGAGAAUUGGCCCGAUUGGCGUGGGAAGGCUCGAAAGUGGGCAAAUGGGCGGGGUUCAGGACAUCGAGGUCAUAUGCGGAGCCAAGAACCAUGCAAGAGGCUGCCCACUUGAUGAUUCAGGACGAAAGAGGAAACUGGAAGUGCGGCAGAUCCGAGAAACUCUAUGACAGCAUUGUUUGUCCCGCUGGGCAUUAUUUGAAAAGCCAAAGGGACUUCGAUCGCGCAUGCGAGCAGAAUGGCCUCAUUUGCAAAGAAGGUUAUGACUGCUAUUGCAAGCCUUGCGUCAAAGCAUUUGAGGUGAGCGUGUACCCCGUAGGCGUCAAUGCCAGCGACGGCAAUAAGAUAGCGGGUUGUGGGAAGAUGUCUGUUUGUGGUCAUGUUCAGCAGAAAAAGACCAUUACCUUCCGUGCCUUCGACAACAAAGAAAGGGAAGGAGCCACACUCACCGUCAAGAUGCACGACGAGGACGACACACGAAACUUGGACGUGACCCGAAUCAAUGAUACUUUCGCCUACGAGUUCGGCUGGUCAGACGAUAAGGUUGGUGUGGGCAUCAUGGAGAUUUUUGUGGACGGGAAGCAGAUCCCAGAGUCUCCGAUAAGGGUGCAGGUAACACCAAGAGAAUGCAAUGAAGACUACAGCGGACAAGGCAAGGUGCCAGACGAAUAUGGCAACUGUAUUUGCGGUUCAGGAACACUGGAGCUGGGUGACAAAUGCGUGAGCUCUGCAAUAUUCUUCGUUAUCAUUGCCGCAGUUGUGCUACUGCUCGUCUUGGAAGCGGGAUAUUGCUUCAUUGGAUACAAGAAACGCCAGAGCGACCAACUUUGGUUGGUCAACGUUGAAGAGCUGCACUUUGACGAUCCUGUGGAGGUGAUCGGCCAAGGUGCCUUUGGCGUGGUCCUCAAGGCCGAGUAUCGCGGCACCACGGUUGCAAUCAAACGGGUCCUUUCGCAAGGGGAGAAGCGCAAGGCAGACAAGUCGGGAUCCAGGGACGGUUCAAAGGAUGGGUCUAUGGUCCCUGGAAACACGCUUGGCAAGAAUGGAUCGGCCUCCUCUGACACUGGGUCCCUCGAUCUGGAGGCACAAACGUAUGCAGAUCAAGGAGGAAGUGGUGGAAGUGGAAUCACAAACGAAAACAGCGAAGAUAGCGGCUUGAAUUCUGCCGAGAUGAUGACUCAGAGCACGUCUGAUCCAAUGUCUGUAGACCUUGACUUCCUCGGCAAUGGCUUCAGUUUUGGGAAAAAGCGCAAUGGAUUGGCAAAAUGGAUUCCAUUCUUCGACCGCGAUGAGCAUGCCCGACUCAAGUCUUCGAUCUUGGGCACUGCUUCUGGCAAUACAUCCAAGUCCACUGCGAUGGGCACCUUCUGCCCCUGCUUCGACUCCCAAGCCAGGCAGAAGGCCGAAUUCAUCCAGGAAAUGCGUUUGCUGAGUCGCUUGCGACACCCCUGCAUCACCACAGUAAUGGGAGCUGUCAUCGGCCACGGCCACGAUCCAAUGCUCGUAAUGGAGUUUUGCGAGUAUGGAUCCCUCCAUGAUCUUUUGAGAAAUGAGACCAUGUAUGCAGGGGGUGAAAUUUGCCUUCAAAUUUUGCGCGAUGUUUCCUCUGGAAUCAGAUAUCUGCACGCAAGCAAGCCACCUAUCUUACACGGUGAUUUGAAGGCCAAGAACAUCUUGAUUGACUCCAGAUUCCGAGCCAAAGUUGGCGACUUUGGAUUGUCUACCAAGCAGAAAUCCGGUAUUUCCGGAACUCCAUAUUACAUGGCACCUGAGUACCUGCGUGGUAAAACAGACUACAACACUUCCUGCGACAUUUAUGCUUUGGGUAUCAUUUUGUACGAGAUCUAUGCGAGGAAAACACCAUACGAAGGUGAAAACCCGCGACAGGUCUUGCGCAAGGUGUGUGAUCCAAGGGUGAACAAAAGGCCUUUGAUCCCUGAUACAUGCCCUCCCAAGAUUUUGGAGAUCAUGAAGAAAUGUUGGAGCCAGGAUCCGUUCUUCCGCCCGCAAGCAAAAGACCUGGACAUGCUCUUCAUGGACAUGACCAUGCAAGAUGCAGAACCUUUGUCCGUGGGAGCAACGCACGGCAGGAUAGAUAGACCAACCGGAGACAUGUUGUACCAAGUUUUUCCAUCGCACAUUGCCGAUGCCCUCAAAGCCGGCGAGAAGGUCGAGCCAGAGACGCACGACAAUGUCACCAUCGUUUUCUCCGAUAUUGUGCAUUUCACUGACAUCUCUGCGAGCCUCUCGCCUCUCAAAGUAUCGAACCUGCUCGACCGACUCUACUUGUCAUUUGAUAGUCUGGCCCGCCAGCACAAGGUGUUCAAAGUUGAAACCAUUGGCGAUGCGUAUAUGGGUGUGACAAAUUUGGGCGGAGCGAUGGAAAGCGACCACGUCAAGGCCAUUGCUGAGUUUGCCAUGGACGCCGUUGAGGCAGCUGGCCUGAUUUUGAUUGAUGAAGAUGACCCCAAGCGAGGUUAUGUCAGAAUUCGUGUUGGUUUACACACGGGUCCUGUUGUGUCCAAUGUCAUUGGGUCCCUCAAUCCUCGUUACGGAUUGUUUGGUGACACUGUCAACGUUGCGUCUCGAAUGGAAUCCAACUCCAUCAGCCGAAGAAUUCAAUGCUCCGAGAAAUCUGCCAAGCUCUUGGCCUUGCAGGCCCCGCACAUUCCGUUGAUCAAGAGGGGAAAGAUUGGCGUGAAGGGCAAGGGUGACAUGACUACCUAUUGGAUCGGCGACAAGCCGAAGGUCAGCAAGGAGCAGGCGAAAGAAGGGCCUCGUGUCGAUUUCUUGGCUGAAACGGAUCUCAUGGAAUAGAUCAUGGAAGCUUUGAUUUUGAUGUACAGUACCGUGCAAUCUCUCUUCCUCCCUCGACUUUCCCCGCUUCCAAGAGCUUCAGGCCAGCCUGUCAACCAUUUUUUAUACAUCAAUAAUUUUCAUCUUGCGGUCCUCGGCUGGCUUCGUCUUAGUUUCUAUGAACAUCAUCUUAUCUAAUAGCUUAUUUAUAUAGACCACAACAACAUUUUGCAUUGG